AUGAAAAGUAAUAUAAAUAAAAUAGUUGUACUAUUUUUCCUAUUUCUUGGAAUUAUAAACGCAUAUAAACAUCAUUUAGAAGUUAAUAAUGAUGAUAGAAAAUUAUUUGCAAUUGAAGGUUUUGGUUUUGGUGAUAAAGGUACAUUCUCAAUUAAAGUAACAAAUUGGACUUUAAAUAAUGGAGAUGGUAAAAAAACCAAAGUAGAUGAUAAGGUAGCAUUUUUUUUACGUAUAACAGAUUCAGAUACAGCAAGACAUGUAGAUGAAUAUAGUGUUACAAAAUGUGAUUUUGAAAGUGAGAGUCCAAGUCUCUUAUUUAGAGGUGAUUCAAAUGUUAUUGAUGAUUCAUUCUCACAACAAUUUAAAAUUUCAGCUGAAAACGAUUUACCAGAAGGUUUUUAUACAUUAUAUUAUAAAAAUUGUAAUCCUUCACCUUCAAAAACAACUUUUAAAUUAGUUUUAGAAGAAUAUAAUAUUGAUUCAAAGGGAGGUAUUUCAUGGCUCCCAAUAGGUAAUGCUCCAUUACCAACACUUUAUACAUUUUUUUCAUUAUUAUUAUUUGCAACAGCAUUAGUAUGGGUUUUAUUCUGCCUCAGAGGUGAGGGUAAAAGAGUAAACUUACUUCACCAUCUUUGUACAGCAUAUUUAGUCAUUCAAGCUAUUGAAUUAUUAUUUGAAGCUAUUGAACAACAUUAUAUUAAAUUAACAGGAUCAGCAAAUGGAUGGAAUGUAGCAUAUUAUAUAUUUGCAUUUGCACAAGGUUCAUUUUUCAUUAUUCUUUUAGCUAUGAUUGGAUCAGGAUGGUAUUUUAUUAAACCCUUCCUUUCAGAUAAAGAGAAAAAGAUAUUUAUGAUUGUCAUUCCAUUACAAAUUUUAGAUAAUAUUGCAUUAAUCGUUGUGGAUGAAGAAUCAAGAGGUGCUGCAAAUUGGAUUAGUUGGAGUAAUAUUUUCAUUUUCGUUGAUUUAAUUUGUUGUUUAGCUAUAAUUGUUCCAAUCGUUUGGUCAAUGAAUCAUCUUAAAGAUAGUGUUGAUUCAAAUAAUGAUAAAGUUGUUAAAAAUAUUCAAAAAUUAAGAUUAUUUAGAUCCUUUUAUUUGGUUGUAAUUUGUUAUUUAUAUUUCACUCGUGUUAUUAUUUAUUUAUUAAAAGCAACACUUCCAUACAAAUAUAUUUGGUUAGGUGAAUUCUUUUCAUUAACUGCUUCUUUUGCUUUUUAUUGUAUUACUGGUUAUCAAUUCAGACCAAGUUUAGAUAAUCCAUACUUUUAUUUACCAACUCAAGACGACGAUCACGAUUUAAAUGAAUUAAGAGCACAAUUAGAAGCUGAAGAUGGUGGUGCUCCAAGAGAUUAG